AUAAGGUCACGUCUGCAGUGUCAGAAAUUCUUCCUGUUCGUAUAUAUCCAUAUGCUUGCUGGGCAGCAGAACUGAGAGACGGGCCGGCAUCUGUAUUACGUAGUCCCGUCCGACCAUCAGUUCGUACUUCUAGAGGGGCGGUGUGUUCUUCCUUUUUGGCACAGGCUUGAGGUCAUCUCAACCAUGGCGACUAACAAGAAGCAUGAUGUGGAGAAUCCGAUAGUAACAGACGGAAAUGGGGAUCUCAAGCAUCCGGAUGAUUCUGCCCACAACACCUCAAGCCGGAAGGUUGCUGUUGACGACAUCGAGAAGCCUGGAGAUGCUGGGAAGCCUGCACAGAAGCUUCCUGCCCAGCCGAUCCCGCGUGGGAUGUUUGGAAGGUACAAGUACACGAUGCAGAAUCAAUGGAAGGGUGUGAAGCCUCUAAAGUUCCUGGCUUGCAUUGUGGUCUUCCUGAUCCUGCGCUAUGCUGUCCCAAAGCCAGCAACUCUGACAUGGAAAGCAUGGCAGCUCUUCGCCAUCUUUGUGGCCACCAUCCUAGGUCUUAUUAUCGAGCCCCUACCAAUUGGAGCUGUGGCGCUCAUAGCACAGGCGUUCAUCCUCUUGACGGGGACCCUCAAAUUCGAGGAAGCCUUUGUCGCCUUUGGAGCAAACGAUACCAUCUGGCUUAUCGUGGCAGCCUACUUCUUCGGCAAGGCAUGUCUGGGCGUGCGCAUUGCCAACCUGUGCAUCUCAGUGCUGGGCAAGACUUCCCUGGGCCUCGCCUACGGCCUGGCCUGCGCUGAGCUCGUGCUCUCUCCCGCCAUGCCCUCCACCACGGCCCGUGCCGGAGGAGUCUUCGUUCCCAUAAUCCAGUCAUUGUCCGUGAACGCGGACAGCCACCCGUUCUCUGACAGCUCCAAGCGUCUGGGGGCGUUCCUGACCAUGAGCCAGUUCCAGGUCAGCGUUGCGACUUCAACCAUGUGGGCCACAGGCGCCGCACAGAACUUCCUGUGCCUGUCUCUGGCAGCCAAUGCAGGCGUUCCAAUCCCAGGGGAGUGGGUGACGUGGCUGAAGGGAUCAUUCCUGCCGGCAGCGGUCACGUUUGCGGUCAUCCCUGCGCUGGUGUACCUGUGCUUCCCCCCGCAGCUGAAGAAAACUCCCGAGGCCCCCCACCUUGCGCGCCUGAAGCUCAAGGAGCUGGGUCCGAUGACCUCCGGCGAAUACAUCACCAGCAUUGUCCUCCUGCUGGCCGUCGCGCUCUGGAUUAGCAGUCGUUUCAUCGGCCUGAGCAAUGUGUCGGUUGCAUUCCUGGCGCUGUCACUGCUCCUGGUGUCCGGCGUGCUGAGCUGGCGGGACUGCCUGGAAUACACCCCGGCAUGGGACACCCUCCUCUGGUUUGGCGUCGUCAUUGGCAUGUCCACCAACCUCAACACACUGACGUUCUGGGUUCUGAGCCUUGUCUACUACAUCAUUCACUACCUUUUUGCCAGUCAGACCGCGCAUGUGGCGGCCCUGUACACUCCCUUCCUCCAGACCAUGCUGGCAGCAGGAGUGGACCCCAUCUUGGCAGCGCUGGGCCUGGCUUACGUUUCCAACCUGUUUGGGUCCAUCACACACUAUGCCUCCGGCCAGGCCGCCGCGUACUAUGGUGCCGGCUAUCUCAAGAUCCUGCCGACCUUCAUCAUCGGCGGUAUCUUUGGGAUUGGAAACCUGGCAGUCUGGUUCUUCCUUGGUGCUGGCUGGCAGAAGGCGGUCAAGAUUUACUAAAUAAACAGGUAAUUGCGCAAUGAUGUCACGACUUGUCGUGGUGGAAAGAGCCUGGAAUGAAUUGAGGGGCAUGUCCGCUGCAGGCAUGCUGCUCUAUGCUUGCCUACAGGCAAGCUACAUUGUUAAGCAGGCUUACAUGCUGCAUUGUUGUACUAGCACAUGCAUCUGAGGAAGUGGCGGAAGUGGCAAACUUCUGGAAGUCAGCGUCGCAUGCAUCUUGAGUCUACAGAGUGUUCCUCGAGUGCUGGUAUACUGCUGUUUUAGUGGGCCAACAGGAUUGUUGAAGUAGCGUUGCAACAUAAGUGUACCUUGUUGUUAUGUUGUUCCACCGUGCCUCCCAAAUUUGCUGUCUUCAUUGCAUGUUCUUGCUGCGUUCUUUGUUAAUAAGUCCUCAUGACCGACUGGUGAUAUUGUGCGCCACCUACCAACUGAACUAUAUUGAACUGCUAUCAUCGAUGGGGCAUUGGGUGCAAUGCAAUCUAGUGGGGCGUUACAAAAAUAACAUGUAUAUUAAGACAUGAACGUGUGUGAUUGGCUUAAACACAGCUUAGCUUAGUGUUGGACUCUCAUGCGUGGACCAGAAACCAGCUUUGAGCUGCUGAUGAUCAUUCCAAUAUACUAGGGGCCAGUUUGUAGUGUGCUGGCCCAUUUGGCAUAGAGGCUACAUGAACCGCAUCAGCAGCACACUGGCUGAAUGAUGCAUAAGCAAAUGCUGCCAUCACACGAAAGAUUUGGGACAAUUUGAGGAAUAUAGAGACUGGGGCAUAUAUGUAUGCAUAUAUAUGGGUUCUAAUUAGUGAGUAUUCUGGUGAGACUGGUCAUUUUCUUAGAGUUUCACUCCUUGGUAAAGGAUGCAUGCUAGCUAUUGCUGGAGGGAUGGUCAUUAAACACAUUUUGUCUC